GUCUUGACUUAAAUUCGACGCGAGCGAAAUUGUGCGAUAAAAACGACGAUAUAAAUGUGGACCGGAAAUGUAUGGUUUGCAAAACAAAUGAACUGAAUUCGUAACAAUUUAGUUGAAAUUUUGACUUGGUCGUGAUUGGUUCUCAAUUUUUUAAUCGAAUAUAAGUUGUUUAGAAAACACAAAUUUGUUUGAGCCACUCUUAUUUAUUUGAAGAAAAAAUGGUGGCAUUAAAUAAAAUCGUCUACAUUUAUGUUUGUUGUUUUCUAGGGACCAUUUUUGCUGACGAUGAUCACAUGAAGAAUGAAACGGACGUGAGCAACAAUAAUCUUCGCCACCUCGCUGUACGAAUCGAUAAAGAGAAUCAUCAAAGUCAUUCGUUUCACUUCUUUUAUCCUGGCCAUGAAACAGUUGCUGAAACUUCCGAUGAAAAUGAUGCAAGCAUAAGUCGAAGAUCGUUGUGGCUUGGACACCUGCCGCUAUUUUAUGCGGUGAAAAAUGGGCUAACCCACAUCAUCGAUGCUUUGCUUAAGAAUAAUGCAAGCGUAAAUGUGAACGACCAAAAUGGAUGGUCACCGUUGAUGCUAGCUGCAGCUUUGGGCGACGUUAAAAUUGUUGAAAGUCUUUUGAGACAUGGAGCGAAGAUAAAUGCCAUAAAUAUUGACAGAAACACUGGUUUAAUGAUUGCAACUAUGAACGGUUAUGAUCAAGUGGUUGAACUUUUACUUCGCUACGGAGCAGAUGUGAAUCGAAAAAAUAAAUACAAUGAAACUGCCACAAUCAUCGCCUUGAAGAAUGACCAAGAAAAAAUGGUUCGACUUCUGGCAAGGAACGGAACUGAUUUGGAAAUAAAAAACAGUGAUAAAAAAGCGGCACUUCAUAUUGCCGUUGAAAAAAAUCUCGAGAAUAUUGUUGACAUGCUGAUAAAAAACGGUGCAAAUGUUAAUAUCACAGACGGAAUUGGCGAUUCGCCAUUAAAAAUAGCCAUCAAAAAUGGUCACACAGGAAUAAUAACGAGCCUUAUUGAAAGUGGAGCCGAUGUUGACAUCGAUCUUGGAAAAUGGAAUUCGGAUAUAUUCAGUUGCAUUGCACGAGAUGCUAGUGUCCAAGUGAUCAAUAUGUUAUAUGAAAAAGGUGUUCGUUUAAAACCAUAUGCACGCACUGACUGGAUAACUGUGGACACGGAUAAUCUCGAGAAAGCAAUUAAAAACGAAGAUGUAAAUGGGGCUGAACUUUUGAUUAAAAAUUGUAUCGAAGACGUCGAUGGUUUACGACAAUUCAAACCGUUAAAUCUAGCUUCUGAAAUUGGCAAUGUGGCCAUCAUGAAGGUUCUUUUUGAUAAUGGUGCGAAAGUCAAUUCGUUCUGGGAUCGUAGCGCGAUUCAUUACGCAGCCGAACACGACCGAGUAGAUGCUGUUCUCUUCCUCUUGGAUAAUGGUGCCAAUAUCAAUGCCAAAGACCACGAAUACAAAACGCCAAUGCAUUAUGCAGCGGAACGGGGGCACGUGGAAAUGGUAAAAGUACUCAUUGAACAUGGAGCGAAUGUUAAUGAUAGUGACUGGAGAAAGAGACAGGCUAUACACCUGGCUGCCAAGAAUGGUAGAGUGGUUGUUAAAGUACUACUAGACAAUGGUGCCAAUGUAAAUGCUCGCGACCAAGAUAACUGGAGCCCUCUCCAUUUUGCUGUCAAGUACUUUUCGGUUGGAAAACAUUAUGAAGAAGUUAUUGAUAUUCUCAUGCAAUAUGGAGCAAAUCUAAACCAAAAGGAUAAUACUGAAUCAACGCCUAUUCAUAUUGCAGUGACACUGUCGCAUUUUGCGACGUUAAACAAUGGGAAUAUUGAUUUAAUAAAUAAAUUAAUUCAAAAUGGUGCCGAUGUAAAAGUCCGAGAUAGCUUCGGAAGAACACCGCGUGAAAUUGCUCUUAAGUAUGGCUUGCAAAAUGUUGCUCGGAUUUUAAGACGAGCAGAGGAAAUACAGACGAACAAAAUUCGAUAAAUACAAAAUAGUUGACGUUUUAUUUCAUUCUAUAUUCAAAUUUGGGAUUUUUAUACUUGAGAACAGUUUGUGAAUGCUUUAUUUCCAUCCAAAAGAUUUAUUGUUGUAAAUUCGACUUAAUGAAAGAGUUAUUUACCCUGAAUUCCAAUAAAUUGUGAUAAGAUAUAAAUUAUGUGUGAUAAGGAUGAGGUGUGAGUCAAUCAAAGGCGGUUUGUUUUUCAAAGAUUAUUGUUGUCGUUGAAGUAUGCCAUAAAUAAUAAAAAGACGCAUGUGAUUUA